AGCUGACCCAAACCAGGCACUGCCUCUCCCACAGCCCACAGGAGCCACCAUGGGCCCAGAGGCGGGUUUGCAGCACUGCAGCGACGACGCAGGUGGCGGCCCCGGCGACUCUCAGCUACCUCCCUGACCACCGCAACCACUGCCCAACACCCCGAGAAGCCAUCGCCACCACCGGCAGGAGGAUCUAAGCGCCCCAAAGGCACCUUCGCAAUCGGCUGAAGAUACGUCAACAACUAUGGCGGGCGACGGGCGGUGGGUGGAGCCGGUGCGGGAAGGAUGGGGGGUGUACGUCACGCCCAGGGCCCCCCUUAGGGAGGGAAGGCGCCGGCUUGCUCCUCAAAAUGGCAGCGGCAGUGACGCGUCGGCGUACGGAAGUUCUUUUCCAUCGCGCCACGGCCGGCGGGAAGUGAGGUUCUCAGAGGAACCGCCAGAAGUGUACGGCGACUUCGAGCCCCGGGUGCCCAAAAGAAGGCCUCCGCUAGGAAGACGAACCUCGCCAGAAAAGUUCCGGCCUGACUCCGCGAAAGAGGAAGUAAAAGAAAGCGCCUACUACCUUCGGUCUCGGCAGCGGAGGCAGCCGCAACCCCAGGAAGCCACGGAAAUGAAGGCACGAAGGGCUAUCCGCUUACAGCAACAGCUCUCGGAGCAGUCUCUGCCACAGCCGUCUCCGGUUAUGACCAGGAGAGGGUUACGGAAUUCUUAUUCCUCCGAAGAGGAUGAUCCAUCUUCCCAAACUGUCUUAAGCCAACCAGUCUCAAAGAAAACUGUCAGAACACCGGAGGUUCCAGUGGUGAGUGAAGACCGUGUACUCAGCCUGUGUAGACCCCCUCUAAGAAACUCAAGAACUGAUUCAUCAUACAGUACAAAUGGAAAUUCUAAAAUGAGUGAAUUAGAAGCCACCAGUGUCCAACAGAAGGGCAGUUUCUCUGAAGAAGGAGAAACUGAGGAAGACGAUUCAGACAGUUCUGAGAGUGAUGUUACUGUUGGUAAAGUCAGAUCCGGGGAUUCUGUUGAUUCUGGAGAUCAGACCAUCAGAUCAGCUAGUCGUUAUCCAGAAUCAUUUUGGCAGUCAUCGCAAAGUCGAGACUUCACAACAGCUCAUGAUAAGCAACCUUCAGUGCUGAGUUCAGGAUAUCAAAAAAACCUUCAGGAAUGGGUCGAACAAACCCCAAGAAUUAGGAGUAGGAUGCAAACAUCUUCACCAGGCAAGAGCUCAAUAUAUGGCAGUUUUUCAGAUGAUGACAACACUCAUGUUCAGAAAUCAGCACUUGGAAACCAGUCUCCGUCAAUCUCCAGCCGUCAAGUGACUGGACAACCCAAAACUACAGGUUUUAUGCCGUGGCGUUGGCUGUUUCUACUGAUAGCUGUUAUUGCCAUUGGGAUUUUUUGGUCCAGUCGUAAUCCUGAGGUAGAAACCACUGCCGUUCAAGAGUUCCAGAACCAGAUGAAACAACUUAUGAAUAAGUACCGAGGUCAAGAUGAGAAGCUGUGGAAAAGGAGCCUCACAUUCCUGGAAAAACAUCUUAAUAGCUCCAUUCCUCGGCCUCAGCCUGCCAUCUUGCUGCUUACUGCUGCCCGAGAUGCUGAAGAAGUACUGAAGUGUCUGAGUGAACAAAUUGCCGAUGCCUAUUCUUCCUUCCGUAGUGUCCGUGCCAUCCGGAUUGAUGGGACAGGCAAAGCUGCUCAAGACAGUGAUACUGUCAAACUAGAGGUGGACCAGGAGCUGAGCAAUGGGUUCAGAAAUGGCCAGAAUGCAGCUGUGGUGCACCGCUUCGAGUCACUGCCUGCCGGCUCUACUUUGAUCUUCUACAAGUAUUGUGACCAUGAGAAUGCAGCCUUCAAAGAUGUAGCCUUAGUCCUGACUGUCCUGUUGGAAGAUGAGACGCUUGAAACCACUCUAGGCCUAAAGGAAAUUGAAGAAAAAGUGAGGGAUUUCCUCAGAGUCAAGUUCACCAGCUCUGACACACCUGACUCCUAUAAUCAUAUGGACUCAGACAAGUUGAGUGGGCUCUGGAGCCGAAUUUCUCACUUAGUCCUGCCUGUGCAGCCUGAAAAUGCCUUGAAAGGGGGCUUCUGUUUAUAAGGGGUGAGAGAAGAGAAAAUCAUGUCUCAAGUUCUGAGAAUAUUUCAGACUUUCUAACCAGAGACAGGAUUCAGAGCUCUUUUUUGAAAGAGCUAGUUUCUUUUUAAAGGAAGUUAAGUUCUUAUAUAAACAUGGAACAUCUAAAUCAUUUAUUCCACCUAAUUAUCUGUUACUGGAGAGAAUCGUUUCUCUAUUUCAGCCAAGAGCUGUGUUAAGGAUAGCCUCCCGUAGAGGCCGUUUUUAGAUUCUGGGCUGAAACAUUAUGGAUAGGGCAUGGCCAGUGGGAGGGAUUAAGCUCCUUUCCUAUGAAUCUUCCAGAUUCUUUAACUGGGAUUUUUCAUAAAGUUUAUUGAGUUAUUAGUAAGGCAGCUUCCUAAACGCAACUGUGGGUGGUUUCCCAUCUUGUUCCUUUUUACAACAUUUAGGUAUGAGUUCUUUAGUAAGCCGCUGCUUAUAGGAACAGAAGUAAUGAGCAGUCAUCUGGCUGUUUAGACUUUUUUUCUUUGUUUUUGGCUGGUGAGGGAGAAGGAGGGCAAGGGAAGAGAGAGAAAUUGUGGGAAGAUAAGAAAAAGGUCUUUUAAGAUGUUACAGUAAGCCACUGAGACUUAGACACAGGUAUAUGAACUCUGUUAUCUCAGUGAAUUGUGUUGGGACUUGUUUUUUUUACAUGUCCUUUAAGAAACUCUUGGUUUUCCCAAGGAUUUUUGAAGCAUGUGUAUCAUGAGGCUUAGUGUACUUGCUCAUUUGACUCAUAAGGGUGGGCAAAUUCAGUUUAUUUGGACAUACCCUGAAGCUUUUGAAUAAGGAAAGAUAAUUUCAGGAAUUAGUAAGCCAUUUGUUAAAUUAGCUUUCCUGAGUUAUUGGAGAAGGAUUUAGUUUUCUUCAUGUCUACUCGUUGUAGUUAAGUCCUUUAAUGAUGCUCUAUAGCAGAUAAAAAGAUUUACUAUGCACAUGAUAAAUUUAAUUGAGUGCCUCCAGUCAAAAGGAAAAUGAACUUUAUCACAUAUGAAGAAUGUUAAAAUACAUUUCUGUACUACUAUAAUAUUUCAGUUGUAACUUUGCAUCUAUAACUGAGCUUUCUCAUCAGUCAACUCCUUUGGCUUUCUUAGAAUCUUAGAAUUUGGAUACACCUCUUUUUUUUCCCCCACAAACCUUUAAAUGAAAAUAUUGUUUUUAGAGUAUAGAGCCAGUCAUUGGCUUCAUCGUUUACCUCUUAAGGGUCCCACCACCUGUAAGUAGAGAGUGGUCCAGUUUCUUUCCCCUAGGACUAUUAGCAUUCAUAUGUUUUUACCCCUUAUUAUAAUUUGUUCCUGUCAAAAGUCAGAGCAUCUGAUUUAUUUUAUAGAGGAUUCUAAAACAGGAGUUUUAAAACUUAUUUUUUACAAACAUGGGAAAACUAAGUUUUUAUUACAUGUUUCAUUGACCAAAAUAAUUUUAAAGUAACAUAUUAAUUAUAUCUUUCAGGAAAAAUAAAUCUAGCCACCAAUCUGUAAAUGACUUUAAAAGCUAUUUUAGUAAUUUAAAUAAAUUUGGCUUCUUGGUUUGUACUCUCUGUAUGUGUUGUAAAUUUAAUAUUCAUAAGCUGCCUUUUUUUUUUUUUAAUUCAAGUGUUUACACAUGAGCAAUUUUCAUGACUUCUGCUAGGAGUAACAAAGGCCGAAGAAUUGGAACCAUUCACAAGUAUACUGGCUAAAAAUGGAAUAGCCAUGAUUUUCUGUUUCAUCCAGGGAUUUUGAAUUAUUACUAAAAUAGUUUAUUUAGAUAUUUCCAUGCUUACUUAAUAGUGAAUUUUAUACACUUCAGACAUGAGAGACUUGGCAGAAAAAUCUCUAGAGCAAUGUUUCUCAAACUUUAUUUCAUUAUCACCUCCUAGAGAGCCAUUGUGGAAACCCUGGUGGCGUAGUGGUUAAGUGCUACGACUGCUAACCAAAGGGUUGGCAGUUCAAAUCUGCCAGGCGCUUCUUGGAAUCUCUACGGGGCAGUUCUAAUCUGUCCUGUAGGGUCGCUAUGAGUCAGAAUUGACUGGACAGCACUGGAUUUGAUUUUUUUUUUUUAGAGAGCCAUUUUAGAUAUAUUCUUCUAAUAACUCCCCCAUGAAAUUUUACUACUACACAUAUACUGUAUGUCUAUGAACCGUAUAUGUAUUUGUGCCGUAAAUACACAGUUAAGUGUUUCUGCCCCUCCCCAA